AUGGCCGACUCUCCCGUCACUCUGCGGACUCGCAAGUUCAUCCGCAACCCUCUGCUUGCCCGCAAGCAGAUGGUCGUGGACGUCCUCCACCCCAACCGCCCCAACGUCUCCAAGGACGAGCUCCGUGAGAAGCUGGCCGAUCUGUACAAGUCCAACAAGGACCAGGUCUCCGUCUUCGGUUUCCGCACACAGUACGGUGGUGGCAAGAGCACCGGCUUCGCUCUGGUCUACGACUCCUCCGAGGCCCUGAAGAAGUUCGAGCCCCACUACCGUCUCGUCCGUGUCGGUGCCGCCAGCAAGAUCGAGAAGGCUUCCCGCCAGCAGCGCAAGCAACGGAAGAACCGCUCCAAGAAGUUCCGCGGUGUCGCCAAGGUCAAGGGCCCCAAGAAGAACAAGGAUUAA